UCAUAAAUUUUCGACUGAAGAUAUUGGCACUCUAUCUUGUAUCAAGUCAAGAACUUGAUAUCUUCCUGAAGUGCAACAAAUGAUAUACUGAUAUAUCUAUUUAAUGAUAUGUGGAGGACAGUAACUGGUGUAGAGAACGUGGUGAAUCAUGUAUUUCUCCUCUUAGAAGCAAGAGAGCAUCUAUUUAUAUCUAUCCUUUCUUUUGUUGAUAUUCUGUUAGGCUGAUGUAUGCCAUGCCUACCAAGUCAUGAAAAAUGGUGGUCUUCGAGAUGAAAAUAUCGUUGUUUUCAUGUACGAUGAUAUUGCAUAUAAUGAGGAAAAUCCCAGACAAGGAAUUAUAAUUAACCGUCCUGAGGGGGAUGAUCUGUAUGCUGGAGUUCCCAAGGAUUAUGUAGGAGAUAAUGUUAAUGUUGACAAUUUUUUUGCUGUUCUCCUUGGAGAUAAAAAGGCUGUAUCUGGUGGCAGUGGGAAAGUUGUUGAUAGUGGACCUAAUGAUCAUAUAUUCAUAUUUUAUUCAGACCAUGGUGGCCCAGGAGUUCUGGGCAUGCCUACAUAUCCUUAUCUUUAUGCGGAUGAUUUAAUCUCUGUUUUAAAGAAAAAGCAUGCCUCCAAUUCCUACAAAAGCAUGGUCAUCUAUAUUGAGGCUUGUGAAUCU